AUGAAUGAAAAAUCCCUUGACGGAGAAGUUUAUUCUGAAGAAUAUGUUAAAAUGAAACUUAAGGCUCAUUAUGGUGAUUCCAUUCCAUCAAAAAGUGGAAAAUGGACAGUAUGUUCCCGGGGUACAGCUUCUCGUAGCCUAAAUGAUGAGUGUGCCACCAGUAGAGUAACGUCUUCCGCUUCCUCCAUCUCAGCUCGCCAUCUCAGUCUUUUGGUACUAGACGACCAAAACACCGAUUGGAGCAAAUAUUUCCGAGGUAAACGAAUCGGCGAGUACGAAAUCCGAGUGGAACAAGCAGAAUUCAAGGAAAUCACUGUGUCAGCCAAUGCGGAUGGGGCUUGGGUCACUAUGGGAGUUUUCCGAGGUGGUACCAGAGUGGGUAGGAAUUUUAGACCCGAUUUUUUGUUGGUGAGACAAAAUCUAAAAGAUGCCGGAGAAGACCACAAAAAGUUGCUUUUAGCCCUAAAAUUCGGCGGAGUUCCAAGUAUUAACAAUUUAGACGCAAUUUACAAUUUCCAGGAUAAACCUUGGGUCUUUGCUCAUUUGGUUCAAAUUCAACGAAGACUGGGCAAAGAAAAUUUUCCAUUGAUCGAGCAAACAUUUUAUCCUGAUCAUACUGAAAUGAUUACUACCCCUCGAUUUCCGGUUGUUUUGAAAAUAGGCCACGCCCAUGGAGGCCUGGGAAAAGUGAAAGUUGAAAAUUUCAAUGAUUUCCAGGAUAUGGCAAGUGUAGUGGCAGUAGCCAACACCUAUUGCACAGUGGAGCAAUAUAUUGACUCCAACAAAAUGCAACAAAAAAUCGAACCGCCCAGUUUCCUGAAACGCAUCGGCGACACUGAACUGUUCAAAGGCAUGACCGGCAAAUUCACCGCUUGCGCGACCGGAAUCCCGGAACCCGAAGUCGAGUGGUACCACGACGACAAGAAAAUCUACCCGUCAAAGCGAAUCCGGAUGGACAAAGACACCGCCGGACUUUUGCGGCUCACAAUCAUUGGCGUCGACAGUGACGAUUUAGGCAAAUAUUCCUGUAAAAUUUCUAAUGAGCACGGCACUGACCUUUGCCACGCCUCGCUCAAAUUCGACGAGGGCCUCGACUCCAAACCGAAACGUCCAAUCACAGAUCAGUAUACUGAAUUUGACAAGUACAAACGCAGCGGCGCCCCGAUGCCGAUAUCCGAUCCGCCUAUAGUUUCGCAAAUGACCGACCGCCAUUGCACCUUGUCUUGGAACCCCUCGAUCCCUGCAGGACCCAGAGAACCCGUCACCUAUCAAUUGGAAAUGUGCGAAAUGCCCAACGGCGAUUGGUUCACCGUGCGGACCGGAAUUAGAAGUUGCGCAUGCGGCAUAAGCAAUUUGGAACCGUUCCGCGACUACAAGUUCCGCAUCCGAGUGGAAAACAAGUACGGCGUCAGCGACCCGUCGCCGUACGCCGUUACGCACCGGCAAAAACUCGAGCCCGAUUUGCCCAAAUUCCGGCCGUAUUUGCCCAAAGAAAUCGAUUUCCGGCCGGAAACUUCGCCGUAUUUCCCGAAAGAUUUCGACAUUGAGCGUCCGCCUCGUGACGGUAUGGCGCAGGCGCCGACGUUUCUGAGACAAGAACAUCCGACUCAGUACGGGCACGGCGAAGCCAGGCAAAGAGUGAAACUGGAAAUCGCCGUGUUGCCGUACUUCGUUCAAAGACCCGACGUCGAAUACGGUUUGGUGCGCGGCCGGAUUCAAUUUGUCGCCAGAAUAGUUGGCGUGCCGUAUCCGGAGAUCAAGUGGUACCGCGACUGGAAACCGUUGGCCGCUUCCACCAGGAUCAAGAUCAACUUCCGCGAACCGGAUAUGACGAUUUUGACAAUCAACGACUGCAUUUACAAAGAUGCCGGUUUGUAUACGGUGGCCGCGCGCAACGUUGCCGGAUCGGCGUCGGCCGGCGCGUCGCUCUACGUCGAAGACAACGACCACGAGUACGGGAUCCGAACUUAUACGAACAUUUCACCGAUCAGGGCGCACAAACGGCCGAUUUCCGAGUAUUACGAUUUGGGAGACGAGCUGGGCCGAGGCACUCAGGGCGUCACUUAUCAUUCCGUCGAACGUCUUAAUGGUCGUAAUUGGGCGGCAAAAGUAAUGCGCGGGCGCGGUCCUGAAUACCGCACCUGGAUGCUGAACGAGUUGGACGUGCUGAAUCAGCUACGUCACAAAAAGCUGAUUUCGUUGCACGAUGCCUACGAAACUGACGACACUUUGAUUAUUGUUACGGAAUUGGGAGCCGGCGGCGAACUGGUUCCCGAUUACUUGCUCCGAACCGACUACUACACCGAAAGCGACGUUGCCGGAUUCAUGAGGCAGCUGCUCCAAGGUUUGGACUACAUACACGGACGAGGUUACGCUCACAUGGGACUCAACCUCGGCGAUCUUUUAAUCGCCCAUCCGGGCGGCGACGAUUUGAAAAUCACAGACUUCAGCCUGUCGCGCCAAAUCAGCUCGGCCCACACUUACCCGCUACUCUACGGAAUGCCCGAGUACGUGAGUCCCGAGUGCGCCAACAACGAAGGCGUGAGCUACGGCCACGACAUGUGGAGUGUAGGCGUUAUCGCUCACAUUCUACUGUCCGGCCAGUCGCCGUUCCGGGGCGCCAACGACCGAGAAACGCUGACGCGCAUCCGGAAAGGCGAGUGGCGGUUCGACGACGAGAGAUGGCGCCACAUUAGCGCCGAGGGACGCGAUUUCGUAACGCAGCUUUUGGUUUACCAUCCCGGCGGCCGGAUGGACGUGCGCGCGGCGCUCAAGCAUCCGUGGCUGGAGCGGUGCGACAAACGCUACGAGGACGAGUUCCGGAUCAGUAGCGGAUAUCUCAGAGAUUAUUGGACUUUGUACAGAGAAUGGUAUGACAACGCCUCCUGCAGGACGUGGUUCCGUCGUCGGCCGCUAGAAGGCGCCUUCACCCAUCCGUCAAAGAUGGUUUAUCCGCCCGGCGAAGUUUACACGCCCAGGGCGUCGCCGCCGAAAGAAAAAUCGACCAGAACGACGAGAACUUGGGAGGACCAGUUGCCGUCCAGGUCGCCUCUGAACUACGAAAUCGGAAUUGUCAAGUCCGAGAGCCAUUAUCAAAACGGACCGGAUACGUAUUUGCUUCAACUCAGAGACGUCGAUUUUCCCGUGCGCUUGCGCAAAUACAUGAAAACUCCGAUCAUCCGCGAACGACGCCGAUUCACCGACGUAAUGGACGAAGAAAUCGACGACGAGCGUAAGGCGCGCAUCAAUCGGUACGGCGGCGCCCAAGACACGCCCUACAUAAGGCGCCUCAAACACGAAUUGGGCGCCCGCUUGGACACCUACAUCGAGGCCGAAGCCUUUCUAGAAAGCAAACAGGACGGCCGCGCGCCUUUUUUCCGAGAAAAACCGCAACCCGCCGCCAUGAUCGAAGGCCGAAAUCUCGAGCUCGUUUGUUUGGCCGUCGGCGAACCGGCGCCGAUCGUCCAGUGGUUCAAAAACGACGCGAUCGUGGCCGAAUCGCACCGAAUCAAAAUUUUCACCGACUCGGAAGGCCGAUCGCGAUUGGAAUACAAACGAGCCGACGAUAUGGAAUGGAUCAAAAAAGCGGAAAACAUCGAACACGAAUUCUACUUGGUGUCGGGCCUGGAACCGAGCGCCACCUACAUUUUCCGAUUGGCGGCGAAAAACGCGAUCGGCUGGAGCGACUCCGGAGUACCGACCGCUCCGAUUCGAACCGGAACCGACGGAACUCAGAAAAUUCGAUUGAGCAAAGCUAUGGCGCAUUUGCAAACCAUCACCGACGACGGCUCAGAAGAGGAACCGGUCAGCAGAAUCGAUUACAAAAUCGAAACUGAGCCAGUGGAAUGGGAACACUCGGGCAUCCAGGAGCAUUACAAUUUCAUUUCUGAGGUGUCUAGAGGUCGUUUCAGUCAAGUCCUAAAAGCCGUGGACAAGCGCACCGACCGAGUGGUGAUCGCCAAAGUCUUGCAAAUGACAGAUCAGAAACAGAAAGAUGACGUCGAAGGUGAAUUUGCCGCUUUGCGAUCGCUGCGGCACGAAAGGAUCGCCGGAUUGGAGGCCGCUUACCAUUCGGCCGACAAAGCGGUCUUUAUUUUGGAAAAGUUGCAAGGAGCCGACGUGCUCACUUAUUUGGCCAGCAAGCACGAGUACACCGAACAAACUGUCGCCACCAUAAUCAGUCAGAUUUUAGACGGCCUCCAGUACCUCCACUGGAGAGGUUUGUGCCAUUUGGAUCUUCAACCGGACAACGUCGUAAUGGUCGGCGUACGAUCCGUCCAAGUUAAACUGGUCGAUUUGGGAUCGGCCCACCGAGUGACCAAAUUAGGCACGAAAGUGCCCUGGGUCGGCCACCGCGACUACAUCGCUCCGGAAGUUUUGGCUGAAGAGCCGGCGUUUCCUCAGACCGACGUCUGGUCGGUCGGAGUGCUGGCCUACGUGAUGUUGUCCGGUACCGUGCCGUUCCGGGGCGUCGACGAACAAGAAUCGCGCCAAAAUGUAUUGUUUGUUCGGUACAGGUUCGAGCAUUUGUACCAGGAAGUUUCCCAGGAGGCGACCAGAUUUAUUAUGCUCUUGUUCAAGAGACAACCAAAGUGA